GGGCACUCGACGCGGUCCUUGACAGCAUUGGACGCGUUGGCGAUCAAACUGGUAGCUGUCCCCGCGCCGCCCGACUUCUCGGAGCCGCCAUUAUGACCAGACGCGCCCCGCUGCCGUUCAAUGGGCCAUUCAAACGUCAUGCCGGCCGCGGGAAACGGCAAAAUCAUGCAUGUCUGUCAGCCGUCCAACAAGCCCCUCGUGCCCCCUUUAUGCAUUGAAUCGUGCUAAUAGAUGGUAAAAUUAUUCCGUUCAGACGCCGAAGGAGCCGACGAGCUGUUAUGCAUUGUCUGGAAGCCUUCCCCAAGAAUCGCCUCAUUAGACUUUCCUUCUUCUCGAAACUCGGGAGUGGAAGUGAACCUCAAUUGAUCUUUCUUCAACCAAAGAACAGCAGAAAACAGUAGCAACAUGGCGCCUCCAGCGGUUCUGAUGGUUGGUACUGGGGAGUACACGACCGGCUUUGUUGGCGGCGGCGCUUCCAAGUCAGAUAAGAAAGUUGGUGUUGUAGGCUUGACGCUCUUUGACCUGCGACGACGCGGCAAAGUUGGUGACCUGUCCAUGGUCGGUGUGUCUGGCGGCAAAUUCCCUGCCAUUCGCGAGCAUCUUCAGAAGAACAUUUCCGAGGCAUACAAUGGCCUCGAUGUUUCCUUCGACGAGUUCCCCAAGGAGGGCAAGACCGACCCUGAUGCGUACAAGACCGCCAUUGACGCUCUUCCCAAGGGCAGCGCCAUUACUAUCUUCACCCCUGACACAACUCACUACCCAAUCGCUCUGUACGCUAUCGAGCGUGGCAUCCACGUUUUGAUCACGAAGCCAGCGGUCAAGCUACUCAAGCACCACCAGGAGCUCCUGGUAAAGGCUAAGGAGAACAAUGUCUUUGUCUACAUUGAGCAUCACAAGCGUUACGACCCUGCCUAUGCGGAUGCACGGUUUAGAGCUCAAAAGCUUGGCGACUUCAACUACUUUUACUCGUAUAUGAGCCAGCCGAAGAGCCAGCUGGAGACCUUCAAAGCCUGGGCCGGAAAGGACAGCGAUAUCUCCUACUAUCUCAACUCCCAUCACAUCGACGUCAACGAGUCGAUGGUCCCUGGCUACAAGCCCGUUCGUGUCAUGGGCAGCGCAGCAAAGGGCAUUGCGACAACUCUUGGCUGCGACCCUGCCACUGAGGACACAAUUACACUUCUCACAGACUGGGUUAAAAAGGAUGAUCCCAGCAAGCGUGCGACAGGUGUCUACACAGCUGGUUGGGCAGCACCGCAGAAGGCUGGUGUUCACUCGAACCAGUACUUCCACUACAUGUCCUCGUCUGGAGAGAUCCGUGUCAACCAAGCCAAGCGUGGCUACGACGUCACUGAUGACGAGACCGGUCUUCUCUGGUACAACCCCUUCUACAUGAAGUACGCUCCUGACGAGGAGGGCAACUUCGCUGGUCAGAUCGGCUACGGCUACAUCUCCUUCGAGAAGUUCAUCGACGCCGUCAACCUGCUCAACGAUGGCAAGGUCACACUCGACCAGCUCGAUUCGCGCCCGCUGCCCACACUCAAGAACACCAUUGCCACAACUGCCAUCCUCGAGGCUGGGCGGAGAUCGCUGGACGAGAAUCGACCCAUCGAGAUCGUCGAGGAGAAUGGUGUCUGGUCGCUGAAGUAAGCAUGUCAUGUUCGCUAGCAUUAAUGAAUGAAACGAUACACACCCAA